AAGACCUAGCAGACCGCCGGUCUGCUAGGUCUGCAAAGCAUUAGGGCGCCGGCAUAAGAACUAUCUUUUUCAAACAACAAAAUCUAAACGAGACAAAACAAAAAUACUGACGAAGUUACAAUUUCAGGAAUCGCAAAUAGAUAAAUAUACUCAGUCCGUUUUGAAGAAUUGUAUUUGGAAUGAUAAAUUGCUUAUAAACCAUUUUGUUCAUUCGCGAUUCAAUCUUUUAACAGUGAAGAGUGAAACAAAUUAUUAGGGUGCCAGUGCAUUUGGAGAGUUUAUUAUAGGUAAGUAUAUUAUAUUACGUAUUAUAGAUAUAGAUGUUAUUCUAAAUGCUAUUCAGAGUAGUAAAAUGACUUUGCCGUUUUCUAUACAUAAUAUACUAUUUAUUUCGACAAGUUAUAUUUUUAUUAUAUAUCCCUAGGAUGAAACGAGUAAAAGAAAGUGGUGCGUCAUUUAGAAAGAAAAGGAAGAGAAGGGAGGAAAUACAGACUAAAAAUACUGGAGCACUACUCAAAUAUAUCUCCCAUAAGUCAACUUCUAGUUCUUUUAGUAUUGUUGCCUCAAAUACGGGCGAAGAAGCAGCCCUCGAAGGCGAAAAAACAUUUUCCAAUGUUGUUCAAGAGGAAAGACCUGCUUCACACACUGGCGAAGAAGUAGAAAGUUCAUCAAGUUCUGAUGAAGAAUCUGCUGCACAAAUUAUUCCGUCUAUUUCUAUGAAAGAUAUUGGAUUAUGGCCUAACAAAAUUGACGACAAUACAAGAGUAUUUCUGGUACGUCAAGGUCCCUUUGCAAUUCAAAAUUUGGACGCCGACUUCAGCGAAGGAGUAAAACGUCCUAAUAAUACAAUCAAAGCCAAAGGUGAAACAAGAAAACUGAGUCAGGACUGGUUUUUUCAAAUUUUGCCUAAUGGCGAAAAGCUCUUAAGAUCGUGGAUGGUAUAUUCACCAUCGAAGAAAAGUAUUUAUUGUUUCUGCUGCAAACUGUUUGAUAAUCUUUGUCAAGCAGGUUUUAAUACGGAAAAUGGUUUUAACAAAUGGUGGAAACUUAAUCCCAAAAUUAGUCAACAUGAGGUGAGUCCACUGCACAUUCGAUCAUAUUCCAAAUGGAAGGAAUUAGAAAUAAGACUUGGACGUGGCGCAACUAUUGACAAACUACAACAACAGAAUAUUGAUAAAGAAAUAAAAAAAUGGAAGGAAAUUCUAACAAGAAUACUUGAUAUAAUUAGAUUCUUAGCAAAACAAAAUUUGGCGUUUCGAGGACAUCGUGAAAGUGUUCAUCAGGAAAACAUCGAUUCAAUGGAAAAUAGAGGAAAUUUUCUUGAGCUUGUUGACUUAUUGGCUAAGUACGACCCAGUAUUACGAGAACACGUAGUAAAAAUUAAGAUGGGUAAUAAAUAUAGUAUCUCUUAUUUGUCGCCGAAGAUCCAGAACGAAUUCAUAGAGCUAUUGGGAGGCGCAGUCAGAAAAACAAUUAUGGAUCAAAUAAAGCAGGCUAAAUACUUUUGUAUUAUAUUUGACAGCACUCCUGACAUUUCACACAAAGAUCAAACCAGUCAAAUUAUUAGAUAUGUAGUUAUUGAUGGUAGCGAAGUUAAAGUUGUAGAAUCGUUUAUUGACUUUGUAGAAACUAAAGGAAAAACUGCUGGUGAAAUCACAGAUAUGAUUUUAACGAAAUUAGAAAAUGACGGUUUAGAUAUAAAAAAUUGCAGAGGACAGGCUUAUGAUAAUGCUGCCGUCAUGGCAGGAAAGCACAGCGGUGUUCAAACUCGUAUUAAAGAAAUAAAUCCAAAUGCAGAAUUUGUAGCAUGUACAAAUCAUUCUUUAAACCUGGCAUGUUUACACGCAGCUUCUACAGCUAUCAAUUCCAUCACAUUUUUUGGAACUAUCGAACAGUUGUUUUCGUUGUUUUCUUCUUCCACUCAUAGAUGGAAUGUUUUACUUUCUGUCACUGGUCAAGGUGUUAAACGCAGUGUAGAAACUCGCUGGAGCGCUAGAGCUGCCGCGAUCCCAUUGUUGUUACCAAACAGAUGUGAUGAACUGUCGAACAUAAGUUUUUGUGUCCGAGAAAGAACGAGUGGAAAUCAGCCGCAGUGCCAAGAGGAUGGCAGCAGCUUCAGCAGUAAAGACGGAGCAAAUACUUGA